AUGGCUUCAGCUACACGAUCACUGGUACGGUCCACUCGAUUCCUGUCCCAAAGAGGCUCAGGAUGGAUCUCCACACGCCAAUUCUCGGUUUCUCCAUAUAGAUCUGUCUCCGAAGACCCAGUGAUCCCUCCUCCGCCGAAGGACUUGAAGCCAGAAGACUACCCGCCAAUGCCCGAGUACUCCCCCGAAAACCUCACCAAGGAAGACCGCUCUAUGUAUGACAUGAUGUCUCCAGAGGAGCGCGCGGCUUUUGACGCCGAAAACCGUCGCCUUGUUGCCGACUACAACGAUGUCGGCAAGCGUACCGCGGCAUUUGCGGCGCUGGAGAAGAAGGUCAACCAAAUUGAUAAGGAGGAGGACAUAAGAUUUGAGGAUAUCCGAGCCAAAGCGCGUGGAUUCUGGGCCGAGGACGAAGACGACGAAUUGGCCCUAGUUGAAGACGGUGACGAGGAAAUCAACGAUGAUGAAAUUACUUCUAUGGCUCAUGCCGAAAUGGAGGUGCACCGUGAAAUGAGAGAAUACGCUCGCAUUGCGGCAUGGGACAUGCCAAUGCUAACCAAACUCGCAAGCCCCUUCACCCUGCCCCCUCAAAACCACAUCCUCCGCUUUCGCUACACUACCUACAUGGGUGAACAGCACCCUGCUGAACCCAAGGUUGUUGUCGAACUCGCUUCCAAGGACUUGACACCUAAUCACCUGACCGAAGCCCAGCGCCAAACCUUCCUCAAGCUGGCCGGUACCCGCUACAACCCCCAAACCGACAUUGUGCGCAUGUCAUCCGAACAAUUCGGCUCACGUGCCCAGAACAAGCGUUAUCUUGCCGAUCUCGUGAACUCUCUCAUUAAGGAGGCCAAGACUGGUGAUUCUUUUGCCGAUAUCCCUCUCGAUCUCCGUCACCACAAGCCCAAGUUCCGCCCCCAGUUCCCCGACUCCUGGAAUAUGACCGAUGAGCGCCGUAAACAACUUGCCGCUCGCCGUGAGGAACGCUACAACGCUGAGAAGCAACGUGAAGCUAUUGUGGAUGGCAACCAGAUUGUUGGGCAUGCUGUUCUUUCUCUUCCUGAAUUCAACCCCGCGCUUAAGGCCAAGGCUGAUGCAGAACGGGAACGAGUUGCUAUCAGCGUUGGGGGUCGUGCAAAGAAGCCGCUUCGUCGGUGA